AUGCCGAAGCAGACGUUUUCCCUGUUGGACUACUGUGGUCCGCUUGUAUUGGGCGCAACAUUCAUGUUGAUUCUCUUCAUAUUUUCGUUACUUAUGAAUUUCUUAUUUAUUCGUAAACGCGAUGAGAUCACAUCAUUUGAAAAACUUGGAGCUAAGUACAACCUACGCGUUGGACCUCAUCGAGUCUCAGUGGUAAAACGCUACACUGAGCGACCAAUACUUUCUGAUGACUGA